UGUAAGCAGCUAUUAUUUGUUUUGUCUUUCUGUCUAGCACUGUUAACUUUUCGUGGCAGAGCGGUUCGAUGUGUGAACGAUGGUUGCUGAGCAUUUGGGCAGUGCUUGGUUUGAAGCUGAAUGGAGGGAAUUAGAUUGCAAAAAUGAAAAAAAGUCGAGCCCUCUUGCAGCACCCAACGGUUUAAAGUGUAAAACGGUGUUUGAUGUUGUUAGAACUGGAACUUUGGCGGCUAUAAAAUUUUUGGUGGAUAAAUAUGGAACUCAAAUUUUGUGUGAAAAAGAUGAAAACGGUCAUACAGCAGCUCACUGGGCGUGUCUGGGUGGACAUCUUAAUGUUAUUCAAUACAUGAUAGACAAUGGAGUGUCUAUUAAUAUUCCUAGUUCAAGUCACAUUGGUGCCUAUCCCAUACAUUGGGCAUGUGUAGAAGGACAUGUAUCCAUUGUGGACUUUCUCCUGCGGAAUGGUGUGCCCAUGGACAUUUGUGAUAUUAAUGGGUGUACUCCUCUCAUAACAGCCAGUCAGCAUGGUAACAGUCAUUUGGUUUGCUAUCUGCUUGGCCGUGGUGCAAAUAAAGCUAUCUGUGAUCGCAAUGGAGACACCGCUCUACAUUGGGCAGCAUAUAAAGGUUAUCCAGACCUUAUGCGUUUGUUAAUUUACUCAGGCUUUGAUCCUCGAUUGAAAGACAAUUUUGGGUAUACUUCAUUGCACUUAGCAUGCAUAAGUGGUAAUCUUGUUGCUGUAGAAGACCUCUGCGAAAAGGAUAAAAUCGAAUUGGACCUGACAGACAAAGAGAAUAGAACACCGUUACAGCUAGCGGAAGAACAAGGCCAAACUGAUAUAGUUGAUUACUUGAAACAAGAAAUACGAAAAAGAAAAUUUAUUUUUUCAAACUUCGAUGUCUGGCAAUUAGUGUUUGGUACAAAUGGGCACAGCAAAGGACCUUUGUUUUUUCUACUCGGAACUCUUUUCUUCUGGGGGUACCCUAUGUAUAUUUUAAAGUGCGUUCCUCUUACAUGGGAUGAAUACACAGGUGUUCAUUUAGUCUUCCUAUUUACAAAUGCAGUCAUGUGGCUCAGCCUUAUUAUAGCCCAUAGUCUUGAUCCAGGUUAUUUAGCACUGGACACCGAAGACUAUCAUCGCACCAUAAGUGAAUUAGCGAAAUUCGACAAGUUCCAAAAGAACAAGUUGCCCAUGCCACAGCUAUGCCAUACGUGUAGAACUGUGCGUCCAUUGCGAGCUAAGCAUUGUCGAGUUUGUAAUCGCUGUGUUCGACAUUUCGAUCACCAUUGCCCUUAUAUAUAUAAUUGUGUCGGCUUAAACAACAGAAUAUGGUUCCUAGUUUUUUCUCUUACGAUAGCUAUAAAUUGUACUGUCACCGUCUUUUUCGCUGCUGCUUGCAUUUGGCAAGAUGGCUGGCAAUAUACUUACGUCAUUGGAUUACUAGAAGCUAUUAUCUUUUGUGGCAUCGGAUGGGUUCUGUCAGGAAGUACUGUCCUCUACGCUGCCUACAACCUCACCAUGAACGAGGCGUUUAAUUACCAUCGUUAUCGUUAUUUAAAAGAUGGCGACGGUCAUUACCACAAUCCAUUCAACAGAGGAGUUGUAGAAAAUAUCAAGGAGUUUUUCCACUGUACUCGAGUGUGGGAUGUCCACGAUAUAGUGAAACUAGAAGAAACUGUAUGAUUUAUAUUUUCUGAUGUUUUAGUUUGGUUUUAUGCGAAUGUUCUGUUGUAAAUAGAGAAAGUUUUUUUUUAGGGAUUUAGCUCUUAAUGCAGCGAACUCUCUUCCGAUACAGUUUUCAAUGAUAUGCAUGAAAAUAAUAUCAAGAGGGUAUUAAAUACAUUAUGUGAUUUGUACUAAGAAUGUACAACUUGCGUGGGGAAAAGAAUCUUUAUUUAAAUGCUAUCUUUUCUACCUUUUCCCUAAACGCUUCGUAAGGUCUAAUAACAUUUUAAAGGUAACAAAAUUAAGAUUAUCCCUUUUAUACCUUUUUUUCUGAUUUUUAUUAAAUAUUGUUAAGAAUAAUAAAGAUAUUGACGCUGCAAGUUAUCUGCAGUUAGUAGCAACUGCAUUUCUUAGACGUUUUACUGUACUUCUGCAAAACAUUAAGCAUUUUUGUUGGAAAGCACUUCACAGACAUAAGAACAGAAAUUAAAAUGCAUAUAAACAUUUUAUUAGUCCUGUUUACCAAAUAAUUAACAUCUGUGGCGCAGUCUGUAAUUAAAAAGCACGUUAAUGUUUCUCUAGUACCAUAUACUCGUAUAUUUCCAUACACUGAUUUAACUUUCAGAUCAUUCUUCAGUAAAAUGCAGUGAUUGCUAGUAGAUUUAAGUGUCACCUCAAAAUCUUAAAACUUGUCUAGUGCUAUACAUUGAAAGAAGAUAAGGCUCUUGAAACAUAAGAUACACAAGAUACUCGAGCCAAGAUCUCUGAUCCAACAGAUAUGUAAGGUCUCCGUUAAACGGAAAACUUGGAAAAGUAAAAUAUAGAAGAAAAAUAUUACAAGGCAGGAAUUUAAUGUGUCUAAAACUUUAAAAUUAUUUUUUUAUAAUUAGAGAUACUAAAUUUUCUGAGAAUUUUUAAAUAAUCGUUUUCUUCGAGUUAGCUGUACGUCAUAAUAGCUGUAAAAA